AUGUCGCGCAAGGCGCACCGCAACGGUAUCAAGAAGCCCAGGACGCACCGGUACCCCAGCUCGCGCGGUGAGCCGACUAACAGCCAGGUGGACCCCAAGUUCCUGCGCAACCAGCGCUACGCCAAGCACGGCACGGAGAAGGCUGUGCGUGAGGCGCGUGCGGCCGCCGCGCAGUCGGCCUAA